AUGUGGUCCUGGUUUUACCGAGGCUCGCAUGACGUCAACUCGAACCAACGGGUUUUGGGAUCAGCAGAAAACGCUCUAAUGAAGCUCUCACAACAGCAGCAAGGUUAUAUGAAAGUUGUUGAAGUUCUCCAUUUGCAAGGACCAUACAUAUCUAUGGAAAUGCUAACUGCAGCUGUUGGGCGCCUGCAACGUCGUCAUCCUAUUCUUCGAAGUCGUCUUCGAAUGCGUAGCGUAGAACCAGGUAGUUAUCUUCUGGAUGAAGACGACACACUUCGUCUCACAAUUCGAGAAAUACCGCGGAACCGUGAUGAGUAUCUUCAUUUCUGGCGUACGGAAUGGCGAAAGCGAGAAAAGAAGACCACGGUAAUCGGGGAAGGACUCGUCGAAUUCUGGCUUCUGCAGGAUCCAAAUGACGAUGGUGAUGAUAAUGGCCCACGCGAAGUUGUAAUCAUAUGCGAGCACAGUGUGUGCGAUGGAAUCUCUUUGAGUGUUGUGGCACACGAGCUUCUCGUGUCUUUGAGUGGUGGCGAUGAAAACAUGUUUACCAGGUCGUUGAACUGGCCGUUGACUAUGGAAACUGCAAUCAAAAAAAGUCUAUCAAUAUUAGGCAGACUCUUCAUACUUUCGAAAUUUAUUUUAGCGACCUUGUACCUAUAUGCGACCACAAGGUCGACCGUUUGUAAGAUUCCUUUGGCUAAUAUUGAUUUUCCAUUGAUUGAUAUGGCCACCCAUUGCCACACUGAAGCCGCUUACGGCAUCUUGAAUAAGGAAGAUACGCAAAAACUGAUAGAAAAGUGUCAUCAAAUGGGUGUGACAGUUACAUCAGCUGUCAGUAGUGCCCUCAUGUGCGCCACUUCUACAUUAGUUAAUGGCCACGCCAAUUCAACAAGUGUACUGAACUUUUCCAUUAGUGCUGAUACGCGCAAACGAUGUGUGCCUCCUGUUCCCAAUCAUGACCUCAGCGUUCACGCAUCAGCGACGAUGAUGUUCACACUGCCCAUAAGAGAUGUACCAACGACAACUGAGAGUAGGUGGCAUCUUGCACAAGCGUUUGGUCGCCAUGUAAAGAUGUCAAUCAACGCUGGUCACGUCCUUGCUCUUGGCAUGAUUUUAGGGAGUAUCUAUCCCAAAGUUAUGAACCCACCAAAUCCUGCGGAUCCUGUGACUUGUAUAGUUACCAGUUGGGGCAUUUUGCCAUUUCACGAACGUUACGGCAGGUGGAAACUCACAGCGAUGAUGCCUUGCAUGAAUAUGAUUCGAGGAGGUAUGCCACUUACUUCCAUUCAAACAGUCAACGGAGUUUUAACGAUUAUGUGUCUUGGACCUAUUCCUGUGUUUUCACAAAACACCAUUGAGAAAUUGUGCGAUGUCACAAUGCAUUCAUUACGAGAAAUGUUUCAAGACUAA